AUGGCUACAAUCUUCGUCGAUGCAGUGAAGAGAGACUAUUCCAAAUUCUUCUCUGUCGAGCCAGAUCCUACCCGACUCGAGCAUGAGGCAAGGCAGCUCUUCCGAUACGGCUUCGGCAGCUUCCCGGAGAAGCCUGAAAGCAAAGACGAUUCUCCAAGAGAAAGAAUGGAACUUUCCUUUGUUGAUGCCGAAAAAAAGCUUAUGAAGCUAGGCGUUGUUACCAAGGAGAAAAUCCAUCAGAUGAGCAAAAUCAAGACGACUGGCUACGGACGAAGCAAAAAAUGGAUGACGAAACUCUUCGUCGAUGAAGUCAACAAGGACCACUCCGUCUUCUUCCCUUCCGAACCGGACCGUCGCUGGCUCAAGGUUACCGCCGCCAAACUCUUCCAAUACGGAGGAACCCAGAAGUUCAUCAUCAAGCAACGGCCCGGCCCAGACAAUUUGGAAGAUUCCCGAGGAGCAGAAAGCAAGCGUCGAUCUCGAAGAAAUCACUAA